GUUUAAGCUUCUUGCAUCACAGACUAACACACAUUUUAUGGAAGACGACUGAGGCAAAGGUUCAUGUCACCACUUCAAGCCUUAGUAGUUGUCUGUCUGAUGCUUGACUUUUUUGGGUGCCUAGAUUAAUCAAUCCUGACUGAAUCAUGUCAGAGAGUGUACUGGAAGAAAUCUUCAUAAAACGAUCUCAGCAGAAGAAGAAGACCUCCCCUUUGAACUACAAGGAGAGAUGGUUUGUUCUCACCCAGGAAAAAAUAGCCUACUAUGAUUUUGAUGCUGACAAAAGGAAGCGAAAAGGAAUGAGAGGAUCAGUUGACAUGGAGAAGAUCAAAUGUGUAGAGACGGUCCAGCCAGAGCCCAAUUCACCACAAGAGCGCAUGUAUGCUUUCCAGAUAAUUUAUGAUGAGGGUCCGCUGUACAUCUUUGCAAAGAAUGAGGAUGUUCGGGCUCAGUGGAUAAAGAAGCUGAAAGAAAUAGUGUGCUACAACAAGGACUUCAUGCAGAAGUACCAUCCUUGUUUCUGGGCGGAUGGGAUUUGGCUGUGCUGCAAGCAGGAAGUAAAACAAGCUAUGGGGUGCAAGGUGUGGGAUAGUAAGAACGGCUUUAGAUCCAAAGCAUCUCAAAGGGGAUCCGGGAAACCUCUCCCUCCUACCCCAACAGAGGAGAAGACUGUUCGACCUUUACCUCCACAGCCCCCUGAGACACCUUCCCCCUCUGCAGGCAUGACUGUCAUAGCCGAGUAUAAUUACGCACCCAUGACAUCCCAAGACCUGGAGCUGAAGAAGGAUGAAGAGUACACCAUCCUGGAGAUGACUGAUCAUAACUGGUGGAAAGCCAGAGACAAAUAUGGAAGUGAAGGAUAUAUACCUUGUAAUUAUGUUGUGGAAGCUGAAAAUGGGCUAGAAAGAUUUGACUGGUAUUCCAAGAAUAUGAACCGUAGCCAGGCAGAAAAGCUGUUAAAGACUGAGAACAAAGACGGAGGCUUCCUGGUACGGGACUCAAGCAAGGCCGGGAAAUACACCGUGUCUUUGUUGAGUAAGGGUGUAGGGGACACUGGUGGAAUCUGCAAACAUUAUAACAUCUGCACCACUGCACAGAGCCAGUAUUACCUGGCAGAGAGGCAUUUUUUCAGCACCAUCCCAGAGCUCAUCAACUACCACCAGCACAAUGCAGCAGGUAUGGUUAGCAGGCUGAAAUACAUUGUAUCUAACCGGGCACUGCAUCCAUCAACAGCAGGGCUUGGCUAUGGUUUGUGGGAGAUUAACCCCCGUAACCUCACCUUCAUCAAGGAGCUGGGCACUGGUCAGUUUGGAGUGGUGAAGUAUGGAAAGUGGCAGGGCAAGCACGACGUUGCCAUUAAGAUGAUUAAAGAAGGCUCCAUGUCAGAAGACGAUUUCAUAGAAGAAGCCAAAAUAAUGAUGAAGCUUCGGCACGAAAACCUGGUUCAGCUGUACGGCGUGUGCACCAAACAAAGACCCAUUUAUAUAGUGACUGAGUUCCUUUCGAAUGGCUGCCUGCAGAUGUACCUCAGGGAGGGACUGACGCAGCACCCAACAGCUGUCCAGCUCCUAGAGAUGUGUAAAGACGUCUCAGAGGGCAUGGCCUAUCUUGAGUCACAGCAGUACAUCCACAGAGACCUGGCUGCCAGAAACUGUUUAGUCGAUGGGAAUGGCACCGUGAAAGUGACUGACUUUGGACUGUCAAGGUAUGUCUUAGAUGAUGAGUACACAAGCUCAGCAGGUUCCAAGUUCCCUGUUCGCUGGUCGCCCCCUGAGGUCCUCCUCUACUGCAAGUUCAGCAGCAAGUCAGACAUAUGGGCAUAUGGGAUUCUUCUGUGGGAGGUGUACACUUUGGGACGGCUUCCGUAUGAGCGCCUUAACAACAAUGAAAUAGUGGAUCAGGUGACCCGCGGCCUGCGCCUCUUCCGCCCCCAGCUGGCCAAUGACAAAGUCUACAGCAUUAUGUCAAGCUGUUGGCUUGAUAAAGCAGAUGAGAGACCCACCUUCCAGGAGCUGGCGCUGAGUAUUCAGGAUGUGCUGUACGAGCUCCAGUAGAUCUCAAAAUAGUCACAACACCCCAACACAAACAGACAGUUGAUCUCCACAGAGAAGCAUCUCCGUCUGUCCCUGGAAAACAAUCAUUUAAACAGUUUACAGCUUGAACAUGGGACUGCACAGCCACACUGAGGUCCUCUGUAAUGUGAAUAUGUGUAAUAUGAAUAUCGCUAUAUAAUUUACUGAUUAGAAUAGCCUUCCUGUUACAUUACUAGAAGUACAGUCCUACAGGCUAGCAUUUAAAAUGUGUAUAUUUUAUUGAAGGUUAUCUGUCUUAAUUGUACCCUGUGUAUUGUAUUCCGUAGAAUCUUUUUUGAAAUAUAGACACAUAUGUAUGUGGAAACAAGCUUUGUGAGAACAUAUCGAAUUGCACAAAUAAAAGCCAAGUAUGCUGGGCUUUGAAAUGA